UAUAAAAAGUUGAAUGAAAUGUAAAAAAAGACAGAAAAAGUUGAAUAAAACUCAGCUUGUCUUCCUCCUCUUCCUCCUCAUCUUCCUCGUCGCUGACUGCUUUCGGCGUUUCGAUGUCGAUGAAUUUGACCAUCGAGCCUCCGUUCGUCCUCUAGAGCUCCUCUGGGUUUGGGUUUUUUUCUGGACUUUUUUUCCUGCUGAUUUUUCUACUUGUUGUUUUGCCUUCGUGUUGUUUCGUCCUUGUGGUCGUGCGGUCACGGCGGUCGGAGCGUCGGGGCCCCGGAGAUGUUUGGGAUCCAGGACAACCUGCCCCGCGGGGCCACGGCCAGCAUGAAGGAGGAGCCGCUGGCUGUUCGCUCCUGGAUGCACUCAGCUGGCGUGGUGGACGCCAACACAGCCGCUCAGAGCGGGGUGGGGUUAGCCCGGGCGCACUUUGAGAAGCAGCCGCCGUCCAACCUGAGAAAAUCCAACUUCUUCCACUUUGUGUUGGCGCUGUACGACCGGCAGGGUCAGCCGGUGGAGAUCGAACGCACCGCCUACGUCGACUUUGUGGAGAAAGAGAAGGAGCCGAGUGGAGAGAAAACCAACAACGGGAUUCACUACAAACUGCAGCUGCUCUACAGCAACGGUGUGAGGACGGAGCAGGACCUCUACGUCCGGCUGAUCGACUCCAUGACCAAACAGGCCAUCAUCUACGAAGGUCAGGAUAAGAAUCCAGAGAUGUGCCGAGUCCUGCUGACACAUGAGAUCAUGUGCAGUCGCUGCUGUGAUAAGAAGAGCUGUGGAAACAGAAACGAGACGCCGUCAGACCCCGUCAUCAUCGACAGGUUCUUCCUGAAGUUCUUCUUAAAGUGUAACCAGAACUGUCUGAAGAACGCCGGAAACCCCAGAGACAUGAGGAGGUUCCAGGUGGUGGUGUCAACGACAGUGAACGUGGAUGGCCACGUCCUCGCUGUCUCUGACAACAUGUUUGUACACAACAACUCCAAACAUGGCCGCCGAGCCCGGAGACUGGACCCGUCUGAAGCAGCCACUCCCUGUAUCAAAGCCAUCAGUCCCAGUGAGGGUUGGACGACGGGCGGAGCGACAGUCAUCCUGAUCGGAGACAACUUCUUUGACGGCCUGCAGGUUGUCUUCGGUACCAUGUUGGUGUGGAGUGAGCUGAUCACCCCUCACGCUAUCCGGGUGCAGACUCCUCCCCGUCACAUCCCUGGGGUCGUCGAGGUAACGCUGUCCUACAAGUCCAAACAGUUCUGUAAAGGAGCACCUGGACGAUUCGUUUAUACAGCUUUAAACGAGCCCACCAUAGACUACGGCUUCCAGAGGUUACAGAAGGUCAUUCCUCGUCACCCCGGAGACCCGGAGAGACUGCCUAAGGAGGUGCUGUUGAAGAGAGCAGCUGACCUGGUGGAGGCACUCUACGGGAUGCCUCAUAACAACCAGGAGAUCAUCCUGAAGCGUGCAGCCGACAUCGCUGAAGCUCUCUACAGCGUUCCCAGGAACCACAACCAGAUCCCGUCGCUAGGCAACACCGCCUCCCAUGGCAUGAUGGGAGUUAACUCCUUCAGUGGGCAGCUGGCCGUCAACGUCUCUGACACAACGCAAGUUGGCUACAGUCGUAACACCAGCAGCGUGUCGCCACGGGGAUACGUACCGAGCUCCACCCCCCAACAGAGUAACUAUGGCAACACUGUCAGCAACAGCAUGAACGGCUAUGGCAACACUGGCAUGCCAAACUUAGGAGUGGCAACAUCUCCGGGCUUCCUCAAUGGCUCGUCUGCCAACUCUCCCUACGGCAGUAAGUAUCAAGUAGUUCCAUCCAGUCCGACCAUGGCCGUGUCGAACUGUAACUCCUCUCACGGAGUCUUCUCCUUCUCAGCCGCUGUCAAACAGAAGAGCGCCUUUGCUCCCGUUGUUAGACCGCCGGCUUCACCUCCUCCACCCAACUGCUCCGGCAACAACUCCAACGGGCUGCAAGCCAUGUCCGGCCUCGUCGUCCCUCCGAUGUAAAACAUCUCUCCUCCUCGGUCCUCGUCUCUCCUCCCCCCUCAGCCACGAGCACCAAUCACCUCAGAGGAGGCGGGGCCUCAGGCAGCAGCUGACCAGUC